AUGCGCUUCUCUUCUAUCGCGGCCGUCGCUGCCAUCACCAACCUGGUCCAGGCUCAUCCCGGCCAUGACCUCACAGAGGAGAUCCUCGAGCGUCGGAACUUUGUCAACUCCAUCCACCGGAAGGAUCUCUCGCACUGCACUGAGAAGCUCCGUGCUCGUGGUGUUGAGGCACGAAGUAUUGCUAGGCGCUCGGCGGCUGUUGAGGAGGCUCGCGCUCUGAGAGGAUUUUCGAAGAAGGAUCUCCAAGACGUUCUGUCCGAGUCUCACAAUGAGUCGAGCCUGGCCUACACCCCGGAGACUGAUCCUUCGAAGCUCUUCAGCGGUAAUUCGUCGUGCCUGUUGACCCCUGAGGUGACUCAGGGACCAUACUAUGUCGGUGGCGAGUUCGUCCGGAAAGACAUCACAGAUUCCCAGCCAGGUGUCGACAUCACCCUCGAUUAUCAGGUCAUCGAUGUCGACACAUGCGAGCCCGUCCCUGACGUGUAUGUCGAAAUUUGGCACUGCAACAGCACCGGCGUCUACUCGGGUGUCCUUGCGAACGGCAAUGGUAACUCGGGUGACGAGACGAAUCUCGACAACACCUUCCUGCGAGGAAUCCAGGAGACCGACUCCGAUGGCGUUGCACAGUUCAAGUCCAUCUUCCCCGGUCACUACACCGGCCGUGCUACCCACAUCCACGUCAUGGUGCACACAAACGCCACGCUCCUUGCCAACAAGACACUCGGCAACGACGACAUCUACGCAUCUCACGUCGGCCAGGCAUUCUUUGACCAGGAUCUCAUCACGGCCGUGGAGAAGAUCUCCCCGUACUCGACCAACACCCAGGAGCUGACCACAAACGGCGAGGACGACAUACUUGCAGAGGAGGCGGACGAUGUUGACCCCUUUAUGAGCUACGUCUAUCUCGGUGAUGAUCUCAACAGCGGCCUCUUCGCUUGGAUUGCUUUUGGUAUCAACACUAGCUACUCCAGCCACAUCACCCCGGCGGCAAACUACUAUGAGGAUGGAGGUGUCGCAAACGAAAAUGCUGGUAUGGGCGGUGGCCCUGGCGGCCCCGGAGGUAACGGCACGAGGGGCAUGCCUCCGGGUGCGGGGACUCCUAAUGCUACUCACUCUGGGACUGCCUCGUCCGGGUUCCCGUCCACCGUCGCGACUAUCACCAGCACUGGUGGUGUUGGAUUUGCGACCCUGCUGCCGUACGGCGCUGUCGCCGGUGGCGUUGGCCUCGCAAUGCUGCUUCAGUAA